AUGACGAAUAAUAAAAGCAUUCGAGGCAGUCAAGCUCGGGGGAUUAGUACUCAGAAUUUCUACCGCGCCGGGCGCGUUCAAUUUUUCCUCCGAAAGGUCCAUGAUUUGGUAUCAAGCCAGUGCCGAAGACGGUCGGUUCAAAGUGGUGACAGCGGUGGGAUGCUGUCCAAGUGGGGACAGCAGCCCACCCAUCGUGGUGUUUACAAAGUGUUGAUUUCCUUGAAGGGCCGGGCUACAAACUUCUACGAGGGCAGGCCUACCGAAGCCACCGCUCCACUAUGGGCGGACCCCUCAAAUGGCAACCUCCAAAUACUGCUUCUCAGAGCUACAGGAGACAAGGUGCUUCCAACGAACCCCUUCACCGUGAGCAAAACCAUCAAUGCAGUUGCAAAAGAUUUCAACAGCGCAAAACCACAGCGCGAUGAAAAGAAGAAACUGCAAUACAUCUUGACAACUAGGGACGAGGAUGUUGUCGAGGUGAUCUUCCACCCAACUUUGAACCAACGCAAAUGCGUGGUAACAUGUAGAGACGUAAUCGAUUUAAAAAACGAAGAACUAGCGAAAGAGCUUUCCGAUAAGAAAGUGAUCGAUGUUAAGCGCAUAAUCAGAAAAGACGGAGAAUCCAUUAUUCCUACACCAACACUAAUACUCACAAUUCGCGGAACCGUGGUUCCCGAAUUCAUAUAUUUUGGCUUCAUUCGCGCUGGGACUCGGAACUACUAUCCGAACCCCAUGCAGUGCUUCAAGUGUUUUAAUUUUGGGCACACCAGCAAAAGAUGCAAGCGCGAGGACCCGCUAUGCAGAAACUGCAGCAAAGAACAUCCCAAAGACUUCGAUUUUAAGAUGUGCAACUCUCCAGCACUUUGCAUCAAUUGCCAAGGAAACCACUCCUCUUCAAGUAGGAAGUGUCCUAAAUGGCUUGAAGAAAACGAAAUAACUAGGACAAGAAUAGAUCGAGGAAUCUCUUACAGAGAAGCCAAGAAUCUACUCACCCAAAACAAUGGUCCAACCUUUUCAAGCGUCUUACAAGACAGAAUUAACAAAAUUCGGGCACCAAUGGCCGGCUGCAAGUGCAAAUGCAGCUGCGCCUCGCCCGCUUCGGCCGCUUCUAGUCGCGAAAGCACUCCCUCAGUUAUUGACACAACCAUGACCGAAUCGUCUACCGAAAGUUCGACAACCGAAUCAGAUAGCAAAUCGUUCAUCAGAGAAAACAGCAGAGCAUCUUCAUUCAUCCGCGGCGUUUUAACCGCUGUUAGCGGUGCUCCCUUGCACUCCUACAAGAAAAAGGCGCGAUCUGUGGCGUCACAAACGCUAUCUUUCUUCGGAUUGUGGGGAUCCCUCCAACAGUGA